AUGCGAAUUGCUUUCCCUUCGCUGCGAGUCAAAUGGCAAAGACAGUUUCCAUUGUGCUGUGUUGGCAGUCCUAAGAUGUUGGAAAAGAUAGCGUCUGCUUUUGCAGAAGUGCUGCCUACAUCCGAAGGCCACUCGCAAGUAAUUGUGGGACAGUCCUGUGAUCACACGGCUAGGAGGACCAGCGCACAGACUCAACGGAGAAUCAAAGCUCUACAGAUAUUUUUCAAAAGAAUCGCCGAAGACAGGAAAAUUGGCCCUUCAACCGGAACAGUUUGCAACAGAGAUUCCACAGAAAAGCAAGAUGGUACAGAGUCCAACAAUGUCCAUGCAAAAAACCCAGAGUCUUCUGCAGAAGCCACCAGAAAACGAACAAAGAGGGGCAGAAACAGUGCAACAGCACCAUCAAAUGGAAGCUUAGUCAGAAGUAAUUCGCACAGGCUUGAAUCAAAGACAGAAGGAUUUGUGAAGCCCGUUAACACCGAUGCAGAAGCACCCCGUGUUCAACUGCAGUCAACACAAGUUCAGUCGCAUGCCAAUUAUUUUGCCGUUAACCCCUCACAGAACCAAAGCGCCGAUGAAGACCCUCCGCCUGAUCCCGUGACCAAGCGGCUCCUGGCUCGGAUGUCUGCAGCGGUGACUGUUGAGCAGCGCUCAAUUGAUUUUGGGCAUGGCCUGCUUCUAUCACCUGAAGAAAAAGAAUACAUGGACCGUUUCGUCUUUGCAGAGCUUUCUAAAAUUCCAAUAAUGCCCUAUAUUGCCCCUGUAGUAGAGGGACUUUUGUUUGCUGAGACAUUCGACAGAGAAGACGUGUUCGAUACGUGGAUUGUUUCCAAGAGCUCCACCCACUCUGGGCGAUGGAAUCACGAGUUAAGACAACCGCAUGUAAUUGAAGGGGACCGCGGACUAAUGACUGCUUCCAAGGGUCUUCGACACGCUAUUAGCACUUUGUUACCCAGAUAUGCGAUGGUUUCUUCUGAAGAUCCUCUAGUGCUGCAAUACGAGUUGCAGCAUCAGCAGCCAGAUUUCACCUGUGGAGGCGGUUACAUGACAUUUUUCCAAUCCGAUGCACAGUCACAGCAACAAUUCGACGAGAAAACUCCAUACUCCUUGCGGUUUGGAGCUGACCAGUGUGGGAGACGUCGAGAAAUCAUAUUUAAGGUCAAUAGUAAAUGUCGAAUAACUGAAAAAAGCGUUACCCAUACGCUCUUUCCUCGGCUAGCGCUGCCUUUCAGUGACCGUACGCGUCUUUUAACGCUAAUCGUGAAACCAGAUGGGGCAUUCAAGAUACUGCUGGAUGGAAAAACUAUUCGCAGGGUGAUCUUUUGUUGCCACCGACCAACGCCACUAGUGGCUCUCAAUCGCAACGUCUACUUUGGUCAUCACAAACUCAUGUCACGUCCUUGCACUUUGCGUGUUGAGCUGCCCACAGAAUUUCCAAGCUUCAACGCAGUAGGCUUAGUAUUCAUGGCGAUGGAUAGUGGGACUCUUGUAGACAACAUUGUAGUCGGAAACGAUGUCCAAGCUGCUCAGAAAUUUGCAAGAGCAACGUUCUGGAAACGAAUGGAAGUGGAAGACAAGGUUGCCGAAAUUGCAUUCAGGACGCGGAGCGCUGCUCGACAGGAGAUCCGUUCGCUGCGGCGCGAAUCUGAAGCACUUAAGGCCAUCUCAAACUCUCAUCACGCGAAUUACGGCACAACGCAGCUUCGAGUGAAGACCGAACAACUCUUGCAGCAGGCAAACAGCUUUUCCGCAUUUGUACAAAGAACCAAAAAUUUUACUGAAUGGACGUCAUUGAACCCCAUGGACCACCAAAUGGGAAAUUACCGUAUGGCUGGGGCAUCGAGAGAAACGGAACACAAAGAAGCUCUAUUGAGUGGCGAGGAAGCAGAUGAAAGCAUCCUGAGUGGUGGAUUUCUUCUCGCAAGCACUGUGAUUUCAGGGUGA